AUGGGCGUGCGCAACUGCCUCAACGGCAAUAAUAUGUCAGGACAACGCGAUACCCCCCUUGAGCUCGGGGAACAGCCCCAGCAGCCACCGUUGGAGGCCCCAGGGGCAGCUGCCCCCAGUCCUGGGCCUGGCGCAGCCGAAGAAAUGGAGACCGAACCGUCUGUCAGCGAGCCCAUCCCCGUCGAGGCUGACUUGGAGGCCCAGGGACUUCCACAGGUCUCCGGGCCCUCAUCCCAGGACCUCGGACAGUCCAUCGAGGAAGCCGGAGGCCUUGGAGGCUCCAGCCCACCUCCUGAGGAAGCUAUGCCUUUCGAGAUCAAGGAGCCCAGCUCGGGAGGCUUCUGGCCCAUCCUGGGGCAGCCCCAAUCCCAGCCUGGGGUUGGUGCAGGCCUCCGAACCUCAGCCCCGGCAGCCGUGGAGCCUGGAGCCUUCGAUGGUGCCAGAGCAAGCCUGGGAGGCUACAGCCCUCCACCAGAGGAAGCCAUGCCCUUCGAGUUGCAGCAGCCUGGCCAGGGAGCUGUCAGCCCAGCUCCCUUGCAGCUCGGGGUCCUUGCUCUGGAAAGCCCAGGUUUGGGGGUCCCCACCAUACCCCUCGAGCAGCCCCGAGCCCUCGGGCUGCCUAGCCCUGGCUUCGGAGGCUACAGCCCUCCCCCUGAGGAGGCUGUGCCAUUUGAUCUUAACGGAGCAGCCUCUGGGGGCGACAGCCCAGCCCUCGGACGCCCCCCAGCCUGCCACGAGCCCGACGGCCGGUCCACAGCAGCCUCGGCCCCGGGUGCGGUCCUCCUCGCUGCCGGCGCAGACCCGCCCCACAUCUGGGUCCCCGACGCCCCCGGCCGCCCAUCCCGAGAGGCUGCCAGAGAGCUUCCUGGCUUCGCAGGCGACAGCCCCCCAAUGGAGGUCUCCCGACCCCCAGUCGAGAUUGAUAGCGCUCCCCAUGGGGUCGACGACGCUCCCGUCAACAUGGACAGCCCCCCAAUCGCACUUGACGGCCCGCCCAUCGAGGUCUCCCGAGCCCCAGUUGAGGCAGAGCGAGCAGAGGGAGAGAGACCCCCAGUUGAGGGAGCAGCAGCCGAGAUGGAAGGAAGCUCUGGAGCCGCUCGCGCCGAGGGAGGCAAAGUCCGCUCUGCCAGAGACGGAGGAGCCCGUGCCGCCGCCGGGGCCACCGCCGCCCGGGCUGCCCCCCCGGUCGCAGCCGCUGCUGCCGCCGCAGCAGCCACCGGAGACCGCCCCCAGCUGCAGCUCCUCCGACCCCCCAGCCCGGAGAUCCAGGCUGCCGAUCUCCCGAGUCCGGUCCCUCCUCGCGCGGCUGCCCGGCGGGUCAAGGCGGAGCGCGGCCGCAGCCGCCACGACGAAGGCUCCGACAGCAGCGACGACGAGCACAGCAGCUACGAGUCCGACGAGGAGACCCCCGGCUGCUACUUCUGGGGUCAGUGCCGGCGCGGCCGCCGCCGCCGCAAGCACCACCGCAACUUGCUCCACAAGUUCCUCAUGCAAGCCUUCGGAGGCUGCUUCGGAUGCCGUUCUGAGAGCCCCCAGUCCGGAGCGGCCCACGGCUCCAAAGGCAAGAAGAUGCCUCUGGCUGAGAAGCGGCGCCAGAAGCGCAAAGACGCGCUGGAGAAACGUGCUCAGAAGCGCGCGGAGAAGAAGCGCAGCAAGCUCAUCGAAAAGCAGCUCAAGGAUGAAAAGAUGGGGUACAUGUGUACGCACCGCCUGCUGCUUCUAGGUGCUGGAGAAUCUGGUAAAAGCACCAUUGUGAAGCAGAUGAGGAUCCUGCAUGUUAAUGGGUUUAAUGGAGAGGGCGGCGAAGAGGACCCGCACGCUGCAAGGAGCAACAGCGAUGGUGAGAAGGCAACGAAGGUGCAGGACAUCAAAAACAACCUGAAGGAGGCCAUUGAAACCAUCGUGGCCGCCAUGAGCAACCUGGUUCCCCCCGUGGAGCUGGCCAACCCUGAGAACCAAUUCAGAGUGGACUACAUUCUGAGCGUGAUGAACGUGCCGGACUUCGAUUUCCCUCCAGAAUUCUACGAGCAUGCCAAGGCUCUCUGGGAGGAUGAAGGCGUGCGUGCCUGCUACGAGCGCUCCAAUGAGUACCAGCUCAUCGACUGUGCCCAGUACUUCCUGGACAAGAUCGAUGUCAUCAAGCAGGCCGACUACGUGCCAAGUGACCAGGAUCUGCUCCGCUGCCGCGUCCUGACUUCUGGAAUCUUUGAGACCAAAUUCCAGGUGGACAAGGUCAACUUCCACAUGUUUGAUGUGGGCGGCCAGCGCGAUGAGCGCCGCAAGUGGAUCCAAUGCUUCAAUGAUGUGACUGCCAUCAUCUUCGUGGUGGCCAGCAGCAGCUACAACAUGGUCAUUCGGGAGGACAACCAGACCAACCGUCUGCAGGAGGCUCUGAACCUCUUCAAGAGCAUCUGGAACAACAGAUGGCUGCGCACCAUCUCUGUGAUUCUGUUCCUCAACAAGCAAGACCUGCUCGCUGAGAAGGUCCUUGCUGGGAAAUCCAAGAUUGAGGACUACUUUCCAGAAUUUGCUCGCUACACUACUCCUGAGGAUGCUACUCCCGAGCCCGGCGAGGACCCUCGCGUGACCCGGGCCAAGUACUUCAUCCGCGACGAAUUUCUGAGAAUCAGCACUGCCAGUGGAGAUGGGCGCCACUACUGCUACCCCCACUUCACUUGCGCUGUGGACACCGAGAACAUUCGUCGCGUGUUCAACGAUUGCCGUGACAUCAUCCAGCGCAUGCACCUUCGUCAGUACGAGCUGCUGUAAGGAGGGAACCCAAAAGUUAAAGCCUUAAGCACAAUUAAUUAAAAGUGAAACGUAAUUCUACAAGCAGUUAAUCACCCACCAUAGGGCAUGAUUAACAAAAGCAUCCUUUCCUUUCUCCCCGAGUGAUCUUGCGAAACCCCCUUUUCCCUUCAGCUUGCUUUAAUGUUAUAAAUUUAGAAAGCUUAAGGCGGCCUAUAGAAACAGAAUACAAAAGGCCACAAAAGUUCCCUCUCACUUUCAGUAAAUAAAAGCAGCAAAGAAAUAAAUGAAACAAAUGAAAUAAAUAUUGUUUUGUGCAGCAUUAAAAAAAUCAUAAUAAAUAAAAAUUAAAUGUUGGCAAAAGAUG